AUCCGUGACGCAACUUUGUAUCUAUCUGCUUUCAUUAAUUUUUUUUUAAAAAUUGAUACUAAUAAAAAAUGAUGAUGAUGAACACUUUAUGAUUGAAAUUGGAACAAACAAGUUCAAAUUCACCAAAUUACUAUCAUUUUUCAGUUGUUAGUUAAUUACUGCUACUACUACUAAUCACUCUCUAGAAAUCAAUCUUAACAAUGCUCAAAUUUAUCUCUCACUUCCUCAAAUCAAAAUCAAAUUUAAAAUCCACACUUUCCAAUUCUAGGGUUCCAAUCUCUCGUAAUUUCUGCACAACACCGAUCAGAGACUCAAUUGAAUAUGACGUCGUCAUCGUCGGAGCUGGUCCCGCCGGUUUAUCGGCGGCAAUACGAUUAAAACAACUUUGCCGCCAAAACGACACCGAUUUAUCCGUUUGCGUUCUCGAAAAAGGCGCUGAAGUUGGUGCUCAUAUUCUUUCUGGAAAUGUUUUUGAACCUCGUGCGUUGAAUGAGCUUCUUCCUCAGUGGAAGCAGCAAGAGGCUCCGAUUACUACACCGGUUUCCUCUGAUAAGUUUUGGUUUUUGACUAAGAAUCGUGCAAUUUCGCUUCCCAGUCCUUUUAACAAUGAAGGGAACUACGUAAUAAGUUUAAGUCAGUUAGUACGAUGGAUGGGGGAAAAAGCUGAAGAGUUAGGCGUGGAGAUAUACCCAGGAUUUGCUGCUAGUGAGGUAUUUCUGCAUUUGUUUGGAUGUUGCUUCUCCAUAUCUGUUAUUGUUUACAGGUGUAUUUCCUUGCAGAUAUUGUACGAUGCUAACGACAAAGUUAUCGGUAUUGGAACUAAUGAUAUGGGAAUUUCAAAAGAUGGUUCGAAGAAGGAGAAUUUUCAACGUGGUGUUGAGAUCAAAGGUCGAAUGACACUUCUGUCUGAGGGAUGUCGAGGAUCGUUAUCAGAGCAAAUAAUGAAAAAGUACAACCUGAGAGAGAAGGGAGGUGCAGAACAUCAGACAUAUGCUUUGGGAAUUAAAGAGGUUUGGGAAAUUGACGAGGAAAAGCAUCAACCUGGUGCAGUACUUCACACAUUAGGAUGGCCCUUGGAUCAUAAAACAUAUGGAGGAUCUUUUCUGUAUCACAUGAAAGACAGACAAAUUGCUCUAGGCCUUGUGGUUGCUUUGAACUAUCAGAACCCUUUCAUGAAUCCUUAUGAGGAAUUCCAGAAACUUAAGCAUCAUCCUGCAAUCAAACCAUAUCUGGAAGGCGGAACAGUUAUCCAGUAUGGAGCUCGCACUUUAAAUGAAGGUGGUUUUCAGUCUAUCCCAUAUCCAGUUUUUCCUGGUGGAGCAAUUAUUGGAUGUUCAGCUGGUUUCUUGAAUGUGCCCAAGAUAAAGGGAACUCACACAGCAAUGAAAUCAGGAAUGCUUGCAGCUGAAGCUGCAUUUGGUGCGGUUAAUGAAGGUCUAGAUAUGAAUACAUAUUGGGAUGCUUUGAGGAAUUCAUGGAUAUGGGAAGAACUAUAUAAAGCUCGGAACUACCGACCUGCCUUCAAGUAUGGGCUUAUUCCAGGACUGGCUUUAAGUGGUCUGGAACAUUACAUACUCAAGGGGAGGCACCCCAUUACUUUGAAGCAUGGUAAACCUGAUCAUGAAGCUACAAAUGCUGCACAGUUGCAUUCUCCAAUUCACUAUCCAAAGCCCGAUGGCAUCUUGUCCUUUGAUGUACCUACCUCCCUGCACAGAAGCAACACAAAUCAUGAGCAUGAUCAACCUCCGCACCUUCGAUUGAGAGACCCAAAGAUUCCUGAACUUACAAAUUUACCGGUGUAUGCUGCUCCUGAAUCACGAUAUUGUCCUGCACGAGUAUACGAGUACGUUGCUGCUGAGCAAAAUAAACUGAAGUUGCAGAUUAAUGCUCAAAACUGUUUGCAUUGCAAGGCUUGUGAUAUCAAAGAUCCAAAGCAAAACAUCAAGUGGACAGUGCCUGAAGGGGGUGGAGGCCCGGGAUACUCAGUUAUGUAGAUCUGGGAGUUAGUAGUCAUACAUUGUUGUCCCCGCAAAAUUGUGACUUCCUUAAUGUUAACGCAUUCUCCUGAAUUAUACAAUUGCAUUAUGGCCCCGCUUUCUUUCUAAAAGAUGUAAUACUGCAGUAAAAUGUUAUUUGUGAAACAGAAUAAGUUGCUAAGGUUCCUCAUCUUAAAGACAACAAGCAUGUUAGACUAUUCUGUGUAAA